UGGGGGCAGCGGUCGCACCAUCGUUCGCAAAUUUAUUUGUUCAUAUGUUGGAAAAAAAGAUGUUCCUAGCAAGCGAGUACAGGCAUCAUAUUUUGUUGUAUCAGAGAUUUGUCGACGAUAUCCUGGUGAUAUGGCAGGGAGAUGUUAAGCUAUUCCAGGAAAUGGUUGAGAAAGCGAACAGGAGCCACCCCACUAUAAGGUUUACAACUGAGAUUGCCAAAAAGAAGUUACACUUCCUAGACAUAGAAAUGACUAUUGAAGAGGGAGGAAUUGUAACAAAUUUGUUUCGCAAGCCAACGGAUCGAAACAAUUUGUUACAUACAGGUAGCUUCCAUAAUCCUAAAUGUAUCAAAGGGAUCCCAAAGGGCCAGCUACUGAGGGCUAGAAGAAUAGCGUCCAAAGAAGAAGGGUAUGAUAAAGCUGCCCGAACCCUAAAAGGUAGAUUCAUGGAAAAGGGAUAUGCCCCAUAUGGACUGGACAAACUGAUAGAGGAAGUUAAGGAAAUACCUAGAGAGGAGCUAUUAAAAGCGAAGGAAAGUAGAGUACGACAGGAGAGGAUUCCCUUUGUUAGCCAAUUUGGUAAACAAAGUAGGGAGAUCGAGUCCAUUAUUAAAAAAUACUGGCCAAUCUUAAGUACUGACAAGGCACUCUCUAAUAUUUGCAAACAAGCACCAAUGUUUUGCUACAAGAGAGGGAAGUCGAUUAAAGACAAGCUUUGUAAAGCCGAACUCGAAACCAAGUGCAGGAUGCAAACAAUUUUCCAUAGCACCCCUCAAGUCGGAACCUUCCCAUGCCUUAAUUGUGUAUGCUGUUCUUCUGUUAUUAAAGGUAAAUACAUCAGUCACCCUACUAAAGGAUAUAAAGUCAACAUGAAACAUUACGCUACAUGUAACACAAGCUCAGUAGUUUAUUUAUUGAAAUGCCCCUGUGGGAAGGUCUAUAUAGGACAGACCUCAAGAAGUGUGAAGGAAAGAAUAAAAGAACACAAAGGGAAUAUAAGAAACUAUACCCCUAACACUAGUACAGAUACAGCAGUCUCCCGACAUUUUGCUGAAUACCACCAUAAUGUAGCUCAGCUAAGGUGGUUAGUGGUAGAAGUGGUGAAACAACAAACAAGAGGAGGUGACAGAAAAAAAGCACUCCUCCAGAGGGAAGCUGUGUGGAUUAAGAAAUUGGAUAGCAUGCAGCCAGCAGGGUUAAAUGACCAAUGGAGCGUGAAAUGCUUUUUAUAACAAGUUAAUUAUAUUUAUUCUGCUUCAAAUCCACAGAUACAAGUGAAUCCUGCCCUAACCUUAUAAUAGGUUGUGUGGAAGCCUACAACAGUGGUUGUCUUACCCAGCACGUCUCUGAUGACUAAAGGAUAAUAAUUUAUAAGAAGACACAAGCACUUUGUACACUGUGGAGGUGUUUUAGUAGUUUUUUACUAAUUUUUACUAAUUGGUAUUAAUUGUUUUUAAUAACCAUUGUAUAAUGACACGAUGUUGAUGCAAUAAAGUAGUUUUAUAGUUGCACUAGACCCGGGGGGUAAAUAAUGGGUUAACUCCCUAAACAAAAUUGUAAUUGGUACACCCACUUUCGUUUCCCCUCCCACCUAUUUCCCUUAAAGAUGGUGUGUUAUUUGGUAAUUUGUACACUUGACAAAGGGCAAUUUUGCUCGAAACAUGUUGUGUGAAUAAAGAGAUUUUUGCAGCAAAGCUC